CCCGGGCUUUGUGUCGCUGGAGAGCCGCAGGGGCUGGAGCUCCGUGUGCGGCAGGCGCGGCUCCGCCUCCCCGUGCCGGUGCCGGUGCCGGUGCGGGGGCGGCCGGGCGCUUAUCCCGGGACGGGCUCGGCCGGGCGCCGGGAGCCGCGGCAGGACAUGAUCGGUAGAAAAGAAUCCUGUGCUUCAGGACAGUUUCCAAUGACCAGCCCCAGCUGCCUUUUCUAUGCACUGGAAGAAUGGACUGUUGUGGAGUUCCUGAAGACAUACCUUUUUUAUGUGAUCAUUGGCUCACUGACAAUUAGUGCAAUAUUAGUUUUUUUUAUAGUUCCUUUAACAAUCGUCUUUUUCAUUUACCUUACCAAUAUUUUGCUUUUAAUAUAUCAGAGGAACAAUGAGUUAGAAGCAGAUCCUUUGAGUGAUGUUUGGAAUAGAGCAAGAAAAACUAUAGCAACUUUUUGGGAUAUAUAUGCAAGAAUAUGGCAUGGUUAUGAGCUUCAUGGUGUGGAAAACCUCCCAGAAGGACCAGGCAUUCUUGUGUAUUACCAUGGAGCUAUUCCUAUAGACUACCUUUACUUUUUGUCUAGGCUGUUUCUGUGGAAAAAAAGACUUUGCCUGUCAGUAGCUGAUCAUUUUGUGUUUCGCUUACCAGGACUUAAAUUACUGUUGGGAGUGACAGGUGUCAUACCAGGCAGGAGGGAGGAGUGCCUUGCUGCCCUGAGGAGUGGGUACCUGGUGUCCAUCUCCCCAGGUGGCGUUCGGGAAGCGCUGUUCAGUGACGAGAGCUACCAGCUCGUGUGGGGGAAGCGCAAAGGCUUCGCUCAGGUCGCCCUAGAAGCAAAAGUGCCCAUCAUUCCAAUGUAUACUCAAAAUGUCCGUGAAGGCUAUAGGAUGUUUAAAGAAAGAAGAUUUUUUAGACAGCUAUAUGAAAGCACUCGGUUGCCUUUUACUCCUCCAUACGGAGGCCUUCCAGUUAAAUUUCGCACAUACAUUGGGAAGCCAAUCCCUUACGACCCAAAUAUAACUACAGAGGAAUUAGUUGAAAAGACAAAGACUGCUGUCCAGGCUCUCAUAAGCAAGCACCAAACAAUCCCAGGCAACAUAUGGAAGGCUUUACUGGAGAGAUUUGAUAAACGCCGUAAAAGUGAUUAGAGGGCUCAUGUUUAUUUAAUUGGUUUUACAGCAUACAGUAAAAAACAAUGUCCUACUGCACUGGUCACUAAUAGUUGGUGUUAACCAGUUUAAUUUACAAAUUUCUACAGAUUUGGUGGAAGAAAAUAAUUAACCUCUGCAAAGUUCCCCCAAGUCUUUGAGAAUAUCCUGAACUAAGAAAAAUUGAUGAAGAUGACUUAUGUAUAAUAGCAAUGCAACAGCUAUUAAUUCCCCCAAAGGAAAUCAUGCAGCCAGGAUUUUCCUGGUUCCUAAAGCAAGUAUGUACUUACAUCUGAGUGCCUUAGUGGUGUUGUGUAGAUCUGUGUAUUUGUGUUUUGAGCACAGUCUGGUCUCAGAGCAGAGCCUCAGGGUUGGUGUUGCCCCACCAGAGACCGCCCCACGAGGGGCACCUUCCCCAAGCAAGACAUGUCAGAACAAACUGUCUUGCUUUACAGCUACUGCUUACACCAUUCUCCUAGAGACUAAAAAAAGAUACACAAUCCCAUUAAAACAGAUUUUAAACUCCUUCAAACCCAUCAGCUUCAUAGUGCAUACCCUGGAAAGCAGGACUGUUUUGCAUCCAAGAAUUUUCCCUCACAGAAAAAAGUUUCUCAAAGAGAGAAAAAAAAGUCUUUAGCUCAGUGUAGCAAAUAUUGCAAAUAUAUGUAGCAGGUAGUUUCAAGUCUGAGCUGGUUUGUGCAUGCUCUAUUGCACCACACCAUAGCUGUUCAGUGGAUGAGGCUGCCCCAGCCUAAAAAUCCCUGGAUAUGGUGUAGGCAUAUAACUGUGCUGUAUUUACUCAAAUCUCCCAGUGAACAGGCUUGGGGGGAGCUUUCUUGGACAAUGCAUCUUUGAGGCUUAUCAUCACUGGUGGUUUGCCUAAAAAUGCAGUACUGGAACACUGCCAGUACAGAUUGAACCGAAACACCUGCUUGGAAAGGCAGUCUUGUGGAAAACUGAAAGUUAGUACAAAGCAGAAUGUGUUUUUACAGGCUGUGGGAUGUUGCUACUGGUGGGAGUGGGACAACUUUGUGUAAUCUAUCCAAUAUGACAUUAUAUGCAACCAAGUCUUAACUUCAAAGACCAAGACAGGUAAUUUUUGUGCCUCAUUUUUCCUUCAUGUACUUUUAAUAUGUAAACAAUCUUUCAACAUUCUAAAAGGUUACAUAGCAUCUAAGGAAACAUGUAAUGUUUGCCCAUUUUUCAGUAGAAAACUAAAUCUGCUCUUUGGAUUAAAAUAAAUACUUUCCUGACCCUGCCUCUUCACAAGUAUUUCUUGCACAUCUGGCAAAGGGAGAAGGAUAGACAGGUGAGUUAUUUCCCUGGACCAAAAAGACAGGAAAACUGUCCUGAAAAAAAACCCUCAAAUCUGUCUUAAGAUACAGAAAUCUUUACCUGAACACCUUAACCAUAAUUGCUGUGUACAGGCAGAAAGAUUUUUCUCCCAGCAGAGACUCAGCAUGCAUAGGAGAUGAUAAACUAAAGCAGAUCAAGAUGCAGACUGAUAUGCCUGGACAUAAGCAGGAAUUCAAACCAUGCAGUCUUACAUGCCGCACUGCAGAGAUAUAAACUAAAAUUCAAAGCCUGAGCUUAAGUCAAGGGAGAAAAGGAACUAAAGGAAAAGGUAAUAGAAUACUAAAAUGGGCAUAGAUGAAGAAGCAAGAGGAUUUAUAAGUAACUGGAAUCUGAAGUCUUUCUUUGUAUUGCAGAAACUGUAGAAGGACUAGACAGAAUCAUUGUCUGGCUAUCCUGUUUUUCAAGUACAUUAAUAUCAUCAGGGAAUGUGUCCAAAGAAGGGCAACAAAGCUGGUAAAGGCUCUGGAGCACAAGUCUUAUGAGGAAAAUCUGAGGGAGGUAGGGUUGUUUAGCCUGGAGAACAGGAGCCUAUGUGGGGACCAACACCUAUAACUACCAGAAAGCAUGGUUGCAGCCAGGUGGGAGUGGGUCUCUACUCCCAGGUAAUAAGGGACAGAACAAGAGGAAAAGGAAGUUUUGUUGUUGUGCUGGGAGAGGUUUAGGUUGGAUAUCAGUAAAGAUUUCUUCACUGGGAGGGUUGCCAAGCACUGGAGCAGGCUGCCCAGGGCAGUGGUGAAGUCACCACCCCAGGAGGUAUUUGGAAGAUGUGUAGAUGUGGAACUUGUGGAUAUGGUUUAGUGGUGGGCUUGGUAGAGUUAGGUUAUUGAUUGGACUCAAUGGUCUUAAACUUCCUUUCCAAUUUAACCAUUCUGAUUCUGUGACCAAUUAACCACUUCAGUAAUCAGAAUUUGCACAACCUUUCAAAUGCCUUGCUCUCUGAUACAUGGUGCCAGGAGCUGUGCUGCAACUCACAAUAGAACACUAACCUUGGGUAGGAGACAAGUAAUCAGUGCACUGAUUGUCUUUCAGAGAUUUCUAUCUCUACUAUUUCAGAUAGCUGUUAAUAUUUUCUAAUGAUGUUUAAGUUUCUCCAGGGCUAUUACAUCUUUUAGCAGCACCACUAUCUGCAGCUUCUCUGAGUAAAAAAUAAUUUCUAUUUGUUGUUUUCUGUCACAGUUGUAUAAGAGUAUUUUCUGGGGUCUCAAGAUGGUAGACAAAAUUAUUACUGAGAAACAGGAGUUUUGUAAACAGUUUUUCCAGAAACAUUAUAGUACUGCUCUAAUAAUAAGUUAUUACAUUAUUUUAGUGGCUUGCUUUAAAUUGUUACUCUUUUUAGAGCAGUAGUAUAGAAACUAGAACUAAAAACUGGUGUUACAGAAACUAGAGUUGUCAUACAAAUAGAAAUGUAAUUGCAGAUCAAAUCACUCCCUUGCUACACUUAUUUUUUAGCCUCUCCAUCAUACAACAAAAAAAGAAAUGAAAACCAGCAAAUUACCUGUGCCUACCUCAAAAUGAAAACAGCAUUUAUGACUCUUGUUAGGUAUAGUUUGCCCGGUAAGUAAUGCAGGGAAAUUCUGGUUUUGUAGCUUUUUGUGUAUAAGGUUUAACCAGCUCAAAUGACAAGAUUUUGCAUUAGGGGAAAAUAUCAUGCUGAUAACAUGGUAAAUUAAUAAAAUUGUAGAAUAUCCAGAAUUGGAAGGGACCCAGAAGGAUCAUUGAGCCCCAACUCCUGGUCCUGCAUAUGACAGACCCAACAGUCAGACAUGUGCCUGUCCAAAUUCCUCUUUAACUCUGGCAGACUUGGGGCUGUGACCAAUUCAUUAAUUGGUUGUUAGUGGAAGCAGUUACACAGCAAAGCGUGUGUACAAGCACACAUUUAUUAACUGGGCUACAAUGGAAACAGUUACACACAAGCUGUGUGCAAGUGCUCAGCCGAGAAGCUGCAGCUGUCGAGCAGACAGAUGAUGUACGUGUAGGAGAGAGCUGGUCAGAAAGGCACAGCAGGAGGGGAUCUGGAAGAGAUGUCCAAGGUCAUCCCACCGAGGGCUGAGGGUGCAGCCAUGGCAGUGUUCCAUGUCCAAGGUCAUCCCACAGAGGGCUGAGGGUGCAGCCAUGGCAGUGUUCCGUGUCCAAGGUCAUCCCACUAAAGGAAGAGGGUGCAGCCAUGGCAGUGUUCCGUGCCCAAGGUCAUCCCACCAAGGGCUGAGGGCGCAGCCAUGGCAGUGUUCCAUGUCCAAGGUCAUCCCACCGAAGGAAGAGGGUGCAUCCAUGGCAGUGUUCCAUGUCCAAGGUCAUCCCACUAAAGGAAGAGGGUGCAGCCAUGGCAGUGUUCCAUGUCCAAGGUCAUCCCACCGAAGGAAGAGGGUGCAUCCAUGGCAGUGUUCCAUGUCCAAGGUCAUCCCACUAAAGGAAGAGGGUGCAGCCAUGGCAGUGUUCCGUGUCCAAGGUCAUCCCACCAAAGGCUGAGGGUGCAGCCAUGGCAGUGUUCCAUGUCCACGGUCAUCCCACCGAGGGCUGAGGGUGCAGCCAUGGCAGUGUUCCGUGUCCAAGGUCAUCCCACCAAAGGAAGAGGGUGCAUCCAUGGCAGUGUUCCGUGUCCAAGGUCAUCCCACCGAGGGCUGAGGGCGCAGCCAUGGCAGUGUUCCAUGUCCAAGGUCAUCCCACCGAGGGCUGAGGGUGCAGCCAUGGCAGUGUUCCAUGUCCAAGGUCAUCCCACCGAGGGCUGAGGGCGCAGCCAUGGCAGUGUUCUGUGUCCAAGGUCAUCCCACCGAGGGCUGAGGGCGCAGCCAUGGCAGUGUUCUGUGUCCAAGGUCAUCCCACCAAGGGCUGAGGGUGCAGCCAUGGCAGUGUUCCGUGUCCAAGGUCAUCCCACCGAGGGCUGAGGGCACACCCAUGGCAGUGUUCCAUGUCCUACUAGCAGGUAGGUAUGUGCCUCAAUACCUGGUGUCACUGGAACACCACUUACCUCUUUGAGUGGUUUGUAAGUCCAUUGUUUAUUUUUAUACUUAACUCCAGGAAUUACACCCACGGCUGUCAGGAAUGCCCUAACACACCGUGUCCGAAGCACGAAUGUCCGGAACGCUGCCCAGUGCCGAGGCUGCGAGUGGGUCCGGGUGUGGAUGCUGCUGUGGGGCAUCGCCAGCAGGAUGGCGGAGGAGGAUUGCGCCCACCUGGCAGGUACCGGGAAGGGGCGGCGGGGAGGCAGGAGGGUGAACAGCGGGGAUUUGGUGCUGCGGGUCGCUUAAUCUGCACAAAUGGAGACUCGGUGUGACAGUAUCCAUCGCUGCACCCGCCUGGGGUUCGGCCUCUUUCCCAAGAGGCCAACCAGCAACCAGCGGGAGCAGGAGAGGCCACAGCUCAAGCUGCAGGAGGGAUUUCCUCACAGACUGGACAUUGGAAUGGGCCGCCCAGGCGCGGUGGGGUCCCUGGAGGUGUUUAAGGAAAGGCUGGACGCGGCACUCACAGGCUGGUCUCCGCGAUCUCGCAGCU